UUUGGGUCUGACUCAAGCCCCCCUCCUCCUCUGGAACUCUGGCCUCCUCCCCAGGUUCCCCAUCUCCAGACACCAGGCUCACUCUGGAGGAAUCUUUCAACACAGUACCCCUCCACUGCUCACACAUAUUCCUUGGCUCCCCAUGGCCCUGGGAAUAAUGUCCCACUCCUCAGCCUGGUGUCUGAAGCCAGGACUGCUCACCCCGUGCCCACACCACCAGUUUCUCCUCUCAGCCUGUCCACUCCAACCACUCCACUCCUAAACACACUGUCCCAGUCAGCCAUGCUUUCUCAAGCUGCAGGGCAUCUGCUCCUAUUGUGACUUCUGCCUGAAAUCUGCCACGCAUUUGUUUCUGCCAGCUACUGUGACUCAUCCUCCAAGCCCCAGACUCAACGUCUCCUUCCCCAGGGAACCCUCCUCACAGCCCCUUCCAGCAUGGAGGCAUCGCUGUACCAGAGCAGGAGCUCUGAGUCUGUGGGGAAGGCUAGCAGGUUGGAGAGUCAAAGGCAGGCUUUAGGAAUCCUUGGCAAAACCCUACUCAUGUGUGGAAGGCCCAAGUCUAAUGCUUCCUCCUCCAGGAAGCCUUCCAAGAUUCUGUCCCUCUCUCUGACCUGACCUGACUCCACUGGACUGGGUCUGUCUGUGUCCAGCUCUGUCCUCUCCGAAGACUGGGUGCUUCACCAGAACCUGGCCAUACUGAGGCCUUUUGGAAGUUCAGCAUGGGUGAUUGUUGAAUGAACAAGUGAACACAUGGGUUGGGCGUCAACCGAGCUGACACCAGGAAGGGAGUUGAUGAGGUAGCAGUCGGUCAGUUAGGGUAUUAAUGGGGGACAUGUAGUCACUGGGUUCCAGCAAAAGAGAAGCAGGUCGCCCCUCCCCCUCCCGUGGGACUCCCGGGCCUGAGGCCUUGCAGGGGGGCGGGUCUCUGUGUCUUUAUUCUUCCCCUCAGCAUUGCACCCGGACACCAGUUCCUCUUCCCGAGUCGCUGGGUGCAGAUCCUGAGGAGCGCCCCGGACCACAGCGGAUCCGCGGAGGGUGCUGACUACUUCGGCCCCCACGUCCAGGUGAGCCACCACGCAGCCCCUCCCGCGCCAGAACCUUCCACCCCGCCGAGGCAAAAGCGUGGCGGUGGGACCAGAAAGGUUGCUUGAAUGGGGGGCUCCCUGGCGUGGAUGCUGUUGUUGCCGCUGCUGCAGGAUCCAGGCAGCCAAGUCUUUUCCUGCAACGUGUCCUCCGGGAUCGUGGACUGGAACACAAAGUUCACAGCCAUAUGCCUGAAUUUCAGUGGCCAAGGCCUCCUCCGACUGCCCCAGAACCAGUCUCUGCAGGCCGGGAACCUGCGCUACCUUAACCUGUCUGGGAAUCGUCUUCAAAAGCUACCACUGCUCUUCUUUGAACUCCUGGGAAAGCUGGAGGACCUAGAUGUGACAAACAACCCACUGACCUGCGUGGACAGGGAGCUGGCCAUGAGCUGUAAACUUGACCUGAAGGCUGACUGCAACUGUGUCCUAAAACCCUGGCACCUGGUCCGACAGGACAACUGCUCCGGCCAGCCACCUCUCAAGUGCCGAGACCCAGAUACUGGUGUCUGGCGCAAUGUCUCCGCCUUCCUGGAGGCUGGCUGCUCCCCUGGCCUGUCCUUGAUGACCAUCGGGGCCCUGGUGGCCAGUGGCAGCCUGAUCCUGGGGCUCACCAUUGCUGGCCUAGUGCUGGCCUGGAGACUCCGGGGACGCCGGAGGGUCGGUAACCGGGACCUGGACAAAACAGGGGCUGCCCAGGAUGGUUCUCCGUCUGGCUCCGGCAAGCAGCCGAGAUACAGUAGCCGGGGCCUCAGCUCUAAGCCCCCAGCGGCUGCCAUGCCCAGACCCUCCACCCCCGACUAUGAGAAUGUGUUCGUGGGCCAGCCAGCUGCCGGGCACCAGUGGGCCGAACAUGGGGCUCACCCAUCAGAGGACAGCGACUUCUACAUGACCUACGAGGGCCCCGACCAUGCCUCCCAGCCUGUCUACUGCAACCUGCGGUCGAUGCACCAGACCCCACUUGACGAAGAGGAGUACGUGAUCCCCGGGUGCUGAGCCUUUGAUGCCCUGAACUCCAGCCUGCUGCCUUCUACUUACUUGGGGCAUUCUGGCUCUUCCCUGGCCUCAGUCUUCCCACCUGAGGAAUGGGGACAAGGAAGGACCAUCCCUGGGGCCCUGGGAGGCUCUUCAGCUCCCUCUCCAGCCCCCGCUCUGCUUCUCAGCUCCCUCAGCUGCUGCAAGGGGGAAGAGGAGAGGCCCUGACAUGGGGACAGGAGGGUCAGUUUGUGAACGCUGUCAUCACCCUCCCGUCGGUGUGCAGGCGGUGCUUAAUAAACGCUGCUGGCUCCA